GGAGGCGACACUUUGACGGUGGACAAGCGGCGCGAUCCAGAGGUGCGUCGGAUCAAGGACUGUGGCGACUACGAAACAGCAUUGGCUGCAAGCACUGCCGUCUCAGAGGCUACCAAGAGCAUCGAUCCGGCGGAGGUGGUGUGCCCCAUGGGGGGGCUACAGAAAACCACCAAAGACGUCCAAUGCUGCUGUGGAUGCGAUGAGGAGUAA